UGGUCAACCAAUGAGAUUUUGGGGGCUUCAACUACACUGCAGCCCCUGACACACCAAAGGGUUACGUACUACAGGCAAAAAACAGGCAAGCAAGGGACUGCAGAUGUACUACAGGAGAUGAACAGAGACUGCAGACGUACUACAGGAGAUAACCAGAGAUUGCGGAUGUACUACAGGAGAUAACUAGAGACAGCAGAUGAACUACAGGUGAAAACCGGAGACUGCAUACAUACUACAGGAGAUGGUCAGAGACUGAAGAUGUACUGAGAUAAACAGAGAUGUACUACAGG